GCAGUUUUCGUGCUUUGAUUUUCAUGAAUAAUUUUCAUGUAAGACAAGUCUGUUAUCGUCAACAUGGAAAGACUGUGUGCGUGCGUGCAGGUCCAGCAACUGGCAGUAACUGGGACUUGACAAAUUCCGAACACCACUGGCUACAAUAGGCUUACAUAGAUAGGUCUUAUAUAGGCUGACUUUACGGAGAGAAAAUCAGAUAUGGCUGUUAUCUGCAAAUCCGAUCUAGGUUGGGUUGUCGACCACAAGCAGUUCUUAGAUCAGACUUACAAUUUUCAGAGUAACCAGUCAUCUGAUAGUGUCCAGACAUCAUUACAGUUCCAGGCUGACCUUUUUGAUAUAAAGAGUCCUUUUAUGAUGGACAGCCAGUUUGCAGCCAAACAAGACAGUAACAUAAGAACAACAUGCGAAAUGGAGUCAACCAUGAAGAGAAAACGAAAAAGGAAAAGGAAAGUUGAGCUGAAUUGUGGUGAACUGAAAGCAGCAGAGUACCAUGAUCAGAUCAAAGAUCAAUUACGCUUAGCCAUUAAUACAUUACUGGAAAUGGGGAAGGAAAUUGGCUAUUUUCCCACUAAACAAAAUGUGCAGGAUUUAGACAACAAUGUGAGAGCUCGGUCAGCAGUGAAGUCGCUUGGACAGACUAAUGAUAGCCUGGAGGAAUCCUGUUACCAGUAUCAUUUUCCAACCGCCCGUAACCACCAGGGAAUAACCUUACAAAACAAUGAUUCCAUGACAAUGAGCAGCAUUGUGAACAGACCUGUUCAUUACCAUGGUGAUGACACUGCUUUUGUCAGUCUGGACAAUGAACGGUAUCUACUGCCACCAAGAUGUUCAUUUCUCUUGUCGGAUAUCAGCCAUCUCAGCUUACUGGAGACAAGCAUAGAUUUUCCUCAAUUUGAUAUGAUUGUGAUGGAUCCUCCAUGGCAAAAUAAAUCUGUAAAAAGACUGAAAAAGUACUACAGUAUGAGUAAUGAAGACUUAAUAGACAUUCCAGUUCAAAGGCUUGGGGCAGAUAACUCUGUAGUGGUGGUAUGGGUCACCAACAGAUGGCAGCACAUUCAGUUCAUUAAAGAUUCACUGUUCCCAAGAUGGUCAGUUGAAUUUCUGACUGAAUGGCAUUGGGUCAAGGUCACCAAAGCAGGUGAGAUGGUGUAUGAAUUUGACUCCCCACACAGAAAACCUUAUGAAGUACUGAUCAUCGGCAGAUGCAGGAAACUAACAGUUGAGACCGAUACUGAAAGCACUGAAGAACAGUCCAUUAUACAAGAAAAAGAAACUUCGAAGAUCCCUCUUAAUAGGACCAUCUUAAGUGUUCCAUGCUGCAUUCAUUCUGUCAAACCUCCUCUACAAGAGGUAAUGAAGGAGUAUCUCCCAUCAAACCCUCACUGUCUGGAACUCUUUGCUAGAAACCUCUGUCCUGACUGGACCAGCUGGGGUAAUCAGGUUCUGAAGCACCAGCAGCUGAAGUACUUUGAUGCAGUAACGUGAGAUCAUCCUUGUGAAUUUUGUCACAAAAAUUGAAUCACCAACUGCAAGGGUGAAAGACUUUGAUGUCACCAUUUGUACUUCCCAUUAGCUACAAACAUGUCAACAGGUAUAUUAACUCUCAGAUGGAGAGAAGUGUUAUGUGCCGCAACAUCUGAUGUACCUUUCUGAUGGAAAAAGAUUUUAAAAGUGCUAAAUAAACCAAAAUUCCAGUCUAUAGACAAUGCGGUUGGGCUGCUUACCCCAGGUUUUUUUAUGGCCAAGGUUGACCUCAAGUCAGCCUAUAGAUCUGUAGCUAUAAGUGAACAUGUUCAAAUGGUAACAGGACUCCAAUGGAUAUUUGAUGAUGAACCUCACUAUUCCUUUGAAUCUAAGCUGCCAUUUAGAGCAAAGGCAAGUCCCGGGAUUUUUCAUAGAAUUACACAUGUCAUCUGUAGGAUUUUGUCUUGUGCUGGACACCACAAUCUGAUGGCAUACUUGGAUGACUUUCAUUCGUGCAGAUUCUCAGGAGAAGUGUUCCUCUGUGUUAACAUAUCUUAUAAGCCUGUUGAGAAAGAUGGGAUUUCUCAUUAACUGGUCUAAGGUACAUGGCCUAGCCCACGUUAUGAUAUUUCAUGGCAUUGAGAUUGACUCAGUCAAUAUGAUGUUACAAUUACCUUUAGAGAAGCUGGAAGUUCUUAGAUCUGAUAUCUGUGAUUUCCUUUAUCGCAAAUGUGCUUACUUGCGAGACACAUUAAAGGUGUAAACAAUGGCAUGGCAGACACUGGGUCUCAGCUUCAUGAGCCUGUUCAUUUGCAAAAGUUUUGUAUCAGCUUUGGUUGACCAGUACCAACUCUUUACUUUCUUGAUCACACGUCAGCACUUUCCUUUUUCUAUGUCUCUGAACAGGUGGCAAGGGCCCUUCGUUGAGAUCCACCACAAUCAAGAAUCUUGAUACUACCAUAGACAUAUUACAGGCGGACAAUUUUUCUAAGUCUACUCAGAAGAUCUACAGUACAUACCUUAUGUAUGCUUGUAGAGAUACUGUAAGUCCCUUUAUCACCAGUUUAUCUGGGACGCUAUGUCCCUUAUUUGUCUGAUCGACUUUCCUUUCCUUCAUGAAGGCAAUAUUUGUUUGUUAUUAAAGUUUUGCACCAGGAAUUGGAUUACCCCAAUCCUCUUGACUCCUUUUAUGUCAGAACUACAUGGAAAGGAGCAUGUAGAACAAUGGUUGUUGUUUGCAAUCCAAAGCUCCCCAUCCCUGGUCAUUUUCACCAAGAUUUGUCAGGCCACAUCCAAACAUAUUACUUUUUGGGCAGCAUGCCUGGUAGCCUUUGUCACUACACCUCAAAGUCGCCUGCACUUUAGGGAAGGCAGUAUAACAUAACACAGGUCAUGGAGACAGAUAGACUGCAUCCUUGUUUGCGAGUACAGUAGCUUUCACUGAAAAACUGUAUUUGUUAUAUUUACUCUCAGUUAUAGCAUCCAAGACUUGGACAGUAUGUGUUUUGGACUGCCUACAUUGACUUCAUCUUACAUGUAUGUGUGGUUAACCUUAACUUGACAGUGAGGGUCCUACCAGACCAUUCCAUCAUAUGUGUGCGGUUGUGAUCUGUUGAUACAUCUCAUAUGUAACCUCCUGGAUAAUGGAUGCUAUUAAUUCACCACAUCCACACAGUGACAUUUUUUUCAUGUUUGCUUUGUUCCUCAAGGAAUGUCAUACCCAGUUAGCCUUUCGACGUCAGCCGUCUGUAAACUUUUCAGUAAAAGCACUACUCCUGUUUAACACAUUUGUGGAUUUCAACCAAAUUUGGUCUGAAACAUCAUAGAGGAGGGGGAUAUUUCUUAAAUUCAGGAAUUUGAUUCGUUCCCGAGGUACCAAGGGUAAUGAUAUCAAACAUGCUUUAAGUGAUCCCGAGAAUGCCCUGACCAAAUUAUUUUUUUUCCGAUUCGGUCCAAACUUCAACAGAGCUCAUCUAUAACAGAUAGUCUGAACUUCUCAAGUUUCAUUCACACCAUUGACUGAAAUAUUUGGAUUUGGAUUUUUUAAGGAAAAGAAAAGAAAAUUUGUCGUUAUUUUUCUGUCUGAUCAAAACUAAUCAUGGUAACCACGAUAGUUAUUUUGUAACAUAAUUAUGCAACUGUUUUUCAUGCAAAGAACUUACCAUUUAUGAGUUUCUGAUACUUCCAAGGAAUAUUCAGAAUUUGAAUUCAUCAGAUUUGUUAGACCACCAUCAGUGGUUUGUCCAUCCAUUUCUUGAUAGUCAGAUGACCGUUACAGGCCAUGGCCCUCUUGUUAAGUUCUUGAAUGCAGAAAUCCCCAUCCCACCCAUACUUUAUAGAUUUCAUGUUGUAGUUAUUAGUUUGUCGCUGUCUCUUAGUGGCAGACCAGUAUUUCAUUAUUUGUGGACUGUGUUGUGUACUGUUGCAUUAUAUUACGUAAUCGCUAAAUAUUGGUUACUUUUGGA